CCUGGCCCGGCCCGGCCCGGCCCCGCCGCCGAGCGGCCGCAGGCUCCUUGCUGCCGCCUGCCCGCCUCCGCCAUGGCUUUCGCCACCCGACGCUUCGUGCGAGCCGCCUCCUCCUCCUCCUCGUCCUCCGCCGCCGCUGCUGCCGCCGCCGCCGCCGCCACGGCGGCCGCCAAGAAGCUGCUGGUCAAACAUGUCACCGUCAUCGGCGGCGGGCUUAUGGGCGCCGGCAUCGCCCAGAUUGCAGCAGCCAGUGGUCACACGGUGGUGUUGGUAGACCAGUCAGAUGAAAUCCUCAAGAAGUCUACAAAGGGAAUUGAAGAGAGCUUGAAGAGAGUGACAAAGAAGAAAUUUGCGGAUAAGCCUGAGGCUGGUGCAGAAUUUAUUGAAAAGACCUUAAAGAACCUUACAACAAGCACAGAUGCAGUAGCAGUGGUCCACAGCACGGAUCUGGUGAUAGAAGCCAUCGUGGAGAACCAGGAAAUUAAAAAUGAACUCUUCAAGAGGCUGGAUAAAUUUGCUCCAGAGCAUACAAUAUUUGCAAGCAACACCUCGUCCCUGCAGAUCACGCAGUUGGCCAACUCCACCACCAGGCAGGACCGAUUCGGUGGCCUCCAUUUCUUCAAUCCCGUGCCGAUGAUGAAGCUCGUGGAGGUCAUCAAGACUCCAAUGACUAGCCAAAAGACUUUUGAGUCACUUAUGGACUUCAGCAAAGCGGUAGGAAAAAGUCCUGUCAGUUGUAAGGACACUCCUGGCUUCAUUGUAAACCGUCUCUUGGUGCCGUAUAUGAUGGAAGCUGUUCGACUUUUUGAGAGAGGAGACGCAUCAAAGGAAGAUAUUGAUGUUGCUAUGAAGCUCGGGGCUGGCUAUCCCAUGGGGCCAUUUGAACUCCUGGACUACGUUGGGUUGGAUACCAGUAAAUACAUUAUAGAUGGAUGGCAUGUGCUAGAGCCCAACAAUCCUCUUUUUGCACCCAGCCCCCUUCUGGAUAAACUGGUGGCAGAGAAGAAGCUGGGUAAGAAGACUGGAGAAGGAUUCUACAAAUACAAAUGAACUCCAAACCUCGAGAGGUGUUAAACUAUCUUUGUAUUCAGCAUUGCCAAACUACAGGUGAAUUCUGUUUAAACCUUCCCAAGGACGGCACGAGCUGCGUUUAGAACAUAACCCACCUCUGAAGAGUGAUUGCACUAGUUACCUAUUUCUCUGCUGAAAGCUUGAUUUGGUAGAUUAUUUUUUCUUGUAAUUCCGAAAAGCUUUAUAUGUACAGUGCCUUCAUGCAGACGUUGAUUUUUCAGGUGCAAGACAGAAUGACAAGUGAAUUUAUGUAUUCAAAGACGUUAUAUUAAUGGGAAAAAAAAUCCAAAAAAUAACCACACUUUCUUAAAAAUAAAAUUUUCAACAAUUCUUUAUUGAA